AUGCGGCAGUUGAGGGAGGCUGAGUACAGAUCGCUAGCUGACAAGCUGUCCAAAUACAUCCAAGAUAUCAAGCCACUCCUUGAACGUGGAAACGAAAAAUACGGUUUUUACUAUCAUCGGGGUCGAGUUUUCUACUGCAGAGAUGAUCUGGCUAGACGGGCUGAAAAUAUCACGCGGAAGAACCUUCUGAGCUUCGGAACCUGCUUUGGAAAAUUCACGAAGAAUAGCCAAUUCCGCCUUCACAUAACCGCUUUGCCUUACUUGACGCCUUACGCAAAGUAUCGGAUUUGGUUAAAGCCAUCCGCUGAGCAACACUUUCUUUAUGGCCAGCAUAUUGUCAAGUCUGGCUUGGCUCGCGUAUCAGAAGACACGCCCCAGUACGCCGGCGUCAUCGUGAUGAAUGCUAAUGAUACCCCUCUGGGUUUUGGUGUCGCCGCGAAGUCUACCCUCCAAAUGAAGAAUACUGACCCCAUGACAAUUAUAGGUUUCCAUCAAGCCGACAUCGGGGAAUAUAUCAGGAGCGAAGAGACAAUCGUAUAG